CUGCAACUCUCUCCUCCUUCUUCAUCGAUCUUCACACUUAUUCAUCUCGUGUGUGUUUUGCAUCGAUACUUCUUCUUUCCCUCUGUGGCUCUGUGUCAGUCAAGACUUCUAGUUCACAUCGAGCAUCACACGGUCAACAGUCAUCAUGGCUGACGGCACGGUCAACGGCCUGCGGGUUGAGGCCCCGGUCACCCUCAAGGCCUACAUGAUGUGUGCUUUCGCUGCCUUUGGUGGUGUCUUCUUCGGUUAUGACUCCGGUUAUAUCAGUGGUGUCAUGGGUAUGAAAUACUUCAUCCAACAAUUCGAGGACCUGGACCCUGCCACCACCCCCGCCGAUAGCUUCGUUCUCCCCUCCUGGAAGAAGUCCCUGAUCACUUCGAUUCUCUCUGCUGGAACCUUCUUUGGUGCUCUCAUCGCUGGUGACCUGUCCGACUGGUUGGGUCGUCGCUUCACUAUCAUCAGUGGCUGUGCGAUCUUCAUCGUUGGUGUUGUCUUGCAGGUGGCUUCCACCACCGUCGCCCUGUUGGUCGUUGGUCGUCUGAUUGCUGGUUUCGGUGUCGGUUUCGUGUCCGCCAUCAUCAUUUUGUACAUGUCCGAGAUCGCGCCCCGCAAGGUUCGUGGUGCCAUCGUGUCGGGAUACCAGUUCUGUGUCACGAUUGGUCUCAUGCUGGCCUCCUGUGUCGACUACGCGACCGAGAACCGCAACGACUCGGGCUCCUACCGCAUUCCUAUCAGCAUCCAGAUCGCCUGGGCUUUGAUCCUGGGUGUUGGACUGCUGUUCCUGCCCGAGUCGCCUCGUUACUUUGUCAAGAAGGGCAACCUUCACAAGGCUGCCGAGGUCCUGGGUCGUGUCCGUGGUCAGCCUCAGGAUUCUGACUACAUCCGGGAGGAGCUGGCUGAGAUUGUGGCCAAUCACGAGUAUGAAUUGCAGGUCAUCCCCCAGGGUGGCUACUUCACCAGCUGGCUCAACUGCUUCCGUGGCAGCCUAUGGACCGCCAACAGCAACCUUCGCCGGACUAUUCUGGGCACUUCCCUGCAAAUGAUGCAACAGUGGACUGGUGUCAACUUCGUUUUCUACUUUGGAACCACUUUCUUCCAGUCGCUCGGAACCAUCAGCAACCCCUUCCUCAUCAGCAUGAUCACCACGAUUGUUAACGUCUGCUCGACCCCUAUUGCCUUCUACACCAUUGAACGGAUCGGCCGUCGCCCGCUCCUUCUGUGGGGUGCUCUGGGCAUGGUCAUCUGUCAGUUCAUUGUCGCCAUUAUCGGUGUCACCGAUGGUGAGAACAAGUCCGCCGUCAGCGCGAUGAUCUCGUUCAUCUGUAUCUACAUCUUCUUCUUUGCCUCCACCUGGGGCCCUGGUGCCUGGGUCGUGAUCGGUGAGAUCUUCCCUCUGCCGAUUCGGUCGCGCGGUGUGGCUCUCUCGACCGCCUCCAACUGGCUCUGGAACUGCAUCAUCGCUGUCAUCACUCCCUACAUGGUCGACAAGGACAAAGGUCACCUGGGCGCCAAGGUGUUCUUCAUCUGGGGCUCUCUGUGUGCCUGCGCCUUUGUCUACACCUACUUCCUGAUUCCCGAGACCAAGGGUCUCACCCUGGAACAGGUCGACAAGAUGAUGGAGGAGACCACUCCUCGUACCUCUGCGGGAUGGAAGCCGCACGGCACUUAUGCCUCUGAGAUGGGCAUCACCGAUAAGACUGUUGCCGAGAAGGCUGAUGCCGAGGUGAUCCACCAGGAGGUUUAGGGGGGGGGACUAGAAGUGUCGGAGGUGAUUAUAAUGGAGAUGGGGGGCGCAGUUGCUCUUUUAGGAAUCGGACGGAUGAAUACCCAUGGGUUUACGCUUAUGUACUAAUGGUUUUAAUCACGCACUUGUCCUUUGGGCAGUCGACAUUUAAUGAC